GAAAUCUGCGCUGCGGCUGCGGCCAAUAUUUGAUUCGUCUCCUUCCCUUCUUUUUUUUGCUUUUCCUUUAUUCUUUAAUGGCGUAGAUUCAUUCACAGAUUCGUAUAACAGAAACACACUCUCUUAGCACAACUGAUUCUUUUUUAUUUUUUCCUAUUUUCUUUAUUAAUUAUUACUACUUUCCUUCUUCAAUAUCGUCGUUGUAAACACAAAGUGAUACGCAGAACAGAAUUUCAGGCUACGUUCAUCAUUUUCAUCCCUUAUCUCGAAGCCUUAACGGAGAGGUGUGACAUGCACCUUUCUUUUGCCAAGAGGCUUCGAUCAAAUCAAUCGACGCAGAGUCUUAUCUCGUAACUGAGGUGAAACUGAGUAAAAGCUGUUGUAUCAAUUUAGUGAAGACAUGAUGGCGGACGUUUCAGUGGCGGUGAGGGCGAAGCGCAAGCGCGGCCGUCCCCGCAAGGACAGCAACCUCUGCAGCGCAGGCACCUUACAGUCACCGGAAAAUUCAAGUUUGAUGAGAAAUCAAGGCGCCGAUCAGUUGUUAUAUCCGACUCCGGCAGCAGCAGCAGACGCCACCAAGAAAUGUCAAGAUUCGGAGAAGAACGAUGAGGGCAUGGUGGGGAGCAUGGUUUACGGCGUGGUGGAGGGGUCGUUCGACGCCGGAUAUCUCAUCUCCGUGAGAAUCGGCAACAACCUCGCGCCCUUCCGCGGCGUGGUCUUCCAGCCGCGGAAGGUGGUGGCCGUGACGGCCGCAAACGACGUGGCUCCGCAGGCUAAGAUGUAUCAAAGGAGAGAAAUCCCCGUCCCGGUUUACGAGGGCCAGAGAGCGACGCUGCAGCCGCCGAAGCAGGCGGUAGUCCGACCCCCUUACGCCGACGGGAAAAUGGUGUCGAAGCAGUUCCCAUACGUCCAUCCAACCGGGAACCUGAGGAUGGUGGAAGAAGACGAAGUGAUGCAGGCCUUCGAAGUCUCCACGUCAUCCGGAGGCUCUAAAAGUAAUUUACCAAACAACGGUGAUGCGACCACCAAUAAUCAGGAACCGCCGUCGAAUCUACAGAACGCAGCCAUGGCGCCGCAGCCGUCGUCUGCAUUAGACGAGAUGAUGUGCCGAGAAACAAUGGAUCAGCUGCAGGAAAUGGGUCAGAAGCGGACGUCACCUCCGGCGAUGAAAGUGAGGCAGACAAAUCUGUUCCAAGAUGUGAAUUUCCACGAGAAUCUGUUCAGCGAUCAUCAGCCACGGGAGCAGGAACAGAGUCCGAAUCUAAAGUUAGACUUGGCUUACACAGUUGAUAAGGAAAAGCAAAUGCAGAUGUCGGAGGCGCAGGCGCAAGGCAAUCUGUAUUCAGUUCUGAAUUGCAACGGUAUGAAAAACCCUAAUAUCGGAUUCCACCAAGCAUUGGUAGCUGGGAAUCCGCUGUUGCUGCCGCCGGACCUCAUAGGAGAGCCGCUGGAGUUCAUGAUGGACAAACCUAAGACCCCUCCGGCCUCACAGGAAACAAACAUGGAGGUUCAAUCCAGACUAGGAGACGCCAACGCGUCGGCCUCGCCCUCGCCCUCGUCCUACAAGCUCGAGCUUGCUACACCGCACUCGCCUCUCAACACCAGGAUAGCUGAUAUGGAUUUUGUUAUCAGCAACGCCAUGCAACAACCUGCGCAAUCCCACACCAAUAACUAAUUAAUAUAUAUUGCUAUGCCUGCCCCAAUAAUCUUGUCUUGUGUAGGACACCUACAACUUUUUUUUUUCAUAUGUUAGCUUAAUUACAUUAUUCUUUUUCGGUGUUUUUAUUCUUAAUUUCGACUUUUUUUCAUAACGUGGUCGAUUUGGACCAAUUAGUAUUGGAAUACCAUACUUGGAAUUAGUAUUGUAUAUAUUGGUGUAUAAUAAUAUAUUUGAUGAAUUCUUGUCA